AUGGCGGUGACUGAUGGUAUCAUGUUGCUCGGGUCUGAGCUGGGCUUCGGCGUGAACGCGUUCGUGGGCGGCCUUGUGGGAAUCCACCUGCUGGCGCUAGUGUGUAGCUUUAUUACUCUGCCCCAAUCUUAA